AUGAAGUUUUCUCAAGUUGCCACUACUGCUGCCAUUUUUGCUGGUUUAACCACUGCUGAAAUCGCCUAUGUCACCCAGACUCGUGGUGUUACUGUUGGUGAAACUGCCACCGUUGCUACAACUGUUACCGUUGGUGCAACUGUCACUGGUGGUGACCAAGGUCAAGAUCAAGUUCAACAAUCAGCUGCUCCAGAAGCUGGUGAUAUUCAACAAUCAGCUGUUCCAGAAGCUGAUGAUAUCCAACAAUCAGCUGUUCCAGAAGCUGAACCCACUGCCGAUGCUGAUGGUGGUAAUGGUAUUGCAAUUACCGAAGUCUUUACCACUACCAUUAUGGGUCAAGAGAUUGUUUAUUCCGGUGUUUAUUACAGUUAUGGUGAAGAACAUACCUAUGGAGACGUUCAAGUUCAAACCCUCACUAUUGGGGGUGGCGGCUUCCCUUCAGAUGACCAAUAUCCUACAACUGAAGUUUCUGCUGAGGCUAGUCCAUCUGCUGUUACUACUUCUUCUGCUGUUGCUACUCCUGACGCCAAAGUCCCAGACUCUACUAAAGACGCUUCUCAACCCGCUGCUACUACAGCUAGUGGCUCCUCUUCUGGUAGUAAUGACUUUAGUGGUGUUAAAGAUACCCAAUUUGCUCAACAAAUCUUGGAUGCUCACAACAAAAAACGUGCUAGACAUGGUGUUCCAGAUUUGACUUGGGAUGCUACUGUUUACGAAUAUGCUCAAAAAUUUGCUGAUCAAUACAGUUGUUCUGGUAACUUGCAACACUCUGGUGGUAAAUAUGGUGAAAACUUGGCUGUUGGUUAUGCUGAUGGUGCUGCUGCUCUUCAAGCUUGGUACGAAGAAGCUGGUAAGGACGGAUUAAGCUACAGUUACGGUUCUUCUUCUGUAUACAACCAUUUCACUCAAGUUGUCUGGAAAUCAACCACCAAACUUGGUUGUGCUUACAAGGAUUGUCGUGCUCAAAACUGGGGAUUAUACGUUGUUUGUUCCUACGACCCAGCUGGUAACGUUAUGGGUACUGAUCCAAAGACUGGUAAAUCUUAUAUGGCUGAAAAUGUCUUGAGACCACAAUAA